GAAAAGAAAAGAAAAAAAAAAUCAUUUUUACACAAGAGUGAGAGAGAUGGAGGAGAAACCUAAAUCGGCAAUGGAGGCGUUCGAGAAACUGGAGAAAGUGGGCGAGGGCACCUACGGGAAAGUGUACAGAGCGAGAGAGAAAGCGACGGGAAAAAUCGUGGCUCUGAAGAAGACGCGACUGCACGAGGAUGAAGAAGGGGUGCCUCCCACCACUCUCCGCGAGGUCUCCCUGCUCAGGAUGCUUUCUCGGGACCCCCAUGUUGUCAAAUUGUUGGAUGUGAAACAAGGCCAGAACAAGGAAGGCAAGACAGUCCUGUACUUGGUUUUCGAAUACAUGGAUACAGACCUCAAGAAAUAUAUCCGCAGCUUCCGUCAAUCUGGAGAAAAUAUCCCAGCUAAAAUCGUCAAAAGCCUAAUGUAUCAACUCUGCAAAGGUGUUGCUUUCUGUCAUGGUCACGGUGUUCUGCACAGGGAUCUCAAACCCCACAAUCUAUUGAUGGAUCGUAAGACAUUGAUGCUUAAGAUAGCAGAUCUUGGUCUGGCCAGGGCUUUCACGGUGCCUAUUAAGAAGUAUACUCAUGAGAUAUUGACCCUCUGGUAUAGGGCUCCUGAGGUGCUUUUGGGUGCUACACACUACUCACCUGCUGUUGACAUGUGGUCAGUCGCCUGUAUAUUUGCUGAACUGGUGACAACCCAAGCUCUCUUUCCCGGUGACUCUGAGCUGCAGCAACUUCUCCACAUUUUCAGGUUGUUGGGAACUCCAAAUGAAGAAGUUUGGCCUGGAGUUAGCAAGUUAGUGAACUGGCACGAGUACCCACAAUGGACCCCAAAGCCGCUUUCAUCGGCUGUGCCUGGACUGGAUGAAACCGGUCUACACCUUUUAUCUGAGAUGCUGCAAUAUGAGCCAUCCAAAAGGAUUUCAGCAAAGAAAGCUAUGGAGCAUCCUUAUUUCAAUGAUAUUGACAAGUCGGUUCUAUGAACGUUGCUCAACUCGUGACGGACUUUUAAUGUCUCGUACACGCUUGCUUUUCUUGAGCAUUGGUUAUCCAUUUUGAUUGACUUUCUGAUUAUAGUAAUGAAGACUUGUGUGUGUGCUUUAUCAUUGUAGCAUACAUAAUAGGUAGAGUGUAAGCACUUAUCCAUGGGUGAUUGGUUAUAACAGAUCUAUUUCCCUGUUUUGGUUGCCAUUAUCAGUUAUCACAACUAUGGCGUUUUUUUAGUUUUCCUUUCUAUGAUUUUUUUUCUUUUUCUUUUUUUUUUCAUUGUUCAAGAUAUGUAAAUUGAAUGAAAUCACAAAUUGA